AUGAAAGUGGAUAUCUUGCUUUUCCCAAUUUUGGUUUCUCGGCUUGUAAGGGCGGUAUCUGAUGUCUUCAAGUCAGAGCCUUAUGUUGCAUGUUCUUCACAUGAACACUGUCCUGAAGAAUGGCCCUGCUGCUCGCAAUAUGGACAAUGUGGAUACGGUCCUCUUUGCAUGGGAGGUUGCGACCCACGCUUUUCACAUAGCUAUGAAAGCUGCGCCGCUAUUCCUGCGAUGUAUCCACAAGCAAUUCCAUCGUACAUAGCACUGGGAGGUGCCUUGGUGGAACCACAUGAGGAUAGCCUGAACUUUUUACCCACUAUUGAUGCAGUAUUCGACCUACCGGAGUAUGCUGUUCUGGAAGACAAACUUGAUAAGCUGGAGGAUAAACUGAGCGAGCGAGGUUUUUUACACUACUCUAGGUCUUCUGAUAUGGAUGUGGAUUCAAAUCUUUUCGAUUUUUUGUACAGCGGGUUCGUGAAGGUAAACAGUUCUCACGAAGACUCCGCUCUUGUGCUAGGCAUGCCUCCUGAUACCACGGGUAGUCUAGUAUCCUCAUCCAAGUCCUUUCUAUAUGGAAAGGUCUCAGUGGAAAUGAAGGUCGCUAGGGGAAAAGGUGUUGUUUCAGCCAUGGUUCUGAUGUCUGCGGUAAAAGAUGAGGUUGAUUUCGAAUUUUUGGGCGGAGAACUUGAUAGUGCACAAUCCAAUUUUUACCACCGCGGUGAGCUCAUCCAUACUCGUAUGCAAAAGUCACGGAUUUGGCCCGACGGCCACGAUCAAUAUCACCGAUAUGAAUUUGAUUGGAACGAAGAUCGGAUAAACUGGUUGAUCGACGGAUCAGUUGUGCGGACUCUUCACCGAAUGGAUACUUACGAUCCCGUCACAGGUGUCUACAAGUACCCCUCGACGCCUAUGCGACUUGAAAUCGCCGUAUGGCCUGGUGGUGUGGAAUCGAAUCAUCCAGGGACUGUCAUGUGGGCUGGUGGACUUAUCGACUGGACUAAUGCCAUCGACAUCGUUCAAAAUGGCCAAUUCGAGCUACUCGUUAAAAAUAUUCAGGUAACGCCCUACGUGAAUGCGCUAUUGCCAUUAGAAUUGGAUAGCGUGGGUAGCAUGGGAUCUAGUAGUGAUGACUUCUAUUACGUUUACGAUCCCGCCUGUGACACUUAUGUCCGAGGAGAAAGAUCACAGGGGGACCAGAACCGUAAAGAAAGGACAACCACCAACGAGGGGACCUUACAUGAAGGCUACCACACAACCAUGGCCGGCAGCGUCGUCAGUACACAGAAAAAUACUUUGACAACGACAAAUUCAAAUGUCACCCGUCUUGAAAACGUUGCACCCCCGUUCCAACGACUCAACUUGAUCUUCAGAUUGCGCGGCUGGCUUGGACAGUGA